AUCCUCCGUUGUAUCCGAAAGAAGUGGCGGCGGCGGCAUCUAAGAACUUUUUUCGUCAGCAACAUCUUCACCAACGGCCUUCUCGACGGGCUAUGUGACAAUCUCAUUCUCUUUCUUUUUUCGUCGAGGCUCACUGCUGAUAGGACUUCAGGCGACGACCCUAUUCGGCGGCUAGCUUCGGCUUAUUGAGGCGACGAUCUCUGUUCCGGAAUAACUUCCGGAAGCAACAUCAAAAUCCAGCUCAUUCAAAAUGUUUCACGUAUCAUUCUCGAAUUCCUAAGUAGGCAACCUUUUCUCUAGAAACAAAAAAAGUUUGGGCUGCUCAAAUCUUUUGCUAGAAAAGUUUAUCGGAAGGCAUGCCGUCUCUUCAGCUCUUACAUUUGACUGAACAUGGUCGAAGCCUUUUGGCUUCAAGGAGAAAAACUCUAUUGCUUGCAACUGGUAUUAUUGUUGCUGGUGGAUCAGCUGCUGCAUACAUACAGUCACGGAAGAAACUGAAGAAGUACAGCUCUAUGGAUCAGUAUAAUGAUAAUGUUGGUAAUAUAGGAGAGUUAAAUGUAUCUGUUGGAACAAGUGACAUUAUUUUAAAGAAAAGCAGGCAAAAGAAGGGAGGAUUGAGGUCCUUAAAGGUUUUAGCGGCAAUUCUUUUAUCUAAAAUGGGCAGCUUGGGCACCAGGGACCUUUUAGCUUUGAUUGUUGCAGUGGUACUCCGAACUGCUGUGAGUAACAGAUUAGCAAAAGUACAGGGGUUUCUUUUCCGUGCUGCAUUCCUUCGACGUGUGCCAUUGUUCAUCCGCCUCAUUUUUGAAAACAUUCUAUUGUGUUUCCUCCAGUCAGCGUUACAUUCUACCUCAAAGUAUAUAACAGGAAGAUUAAGUUUGCGGUAUAGAAAAGUAUUAACGCAGCUUAUUCAUGCACAAUAUUUUCAGGAUAUGGUUUACUAUAAACUAUCCCAUGUUGAUGGUCGCAUAACAAACCCUGAACAGAGAAUUGCAAGUGAUGUACCAAAGUUCUGCUCAGAACUGAGUGACCUUAUACAAGAGGAUCUCGUUGCUGUUACUGAUGGAUUACUGUACACUUGGCGAUUGUGUUCAUAUGCAAGCCCGAAGUAUCUGUUCUGGAUAUUGGCCUAUGUUUUUGGGGCUGGCAUUGCAAUAAAAAAUCUCUCCCCUGCGUUUGGGAAGCUAAUGUCAAAAGAACAACAACUGGAAGGAGAGUACAGGCAGCUUCACUCACGUUUAAGGACACAUGCGGAAAGCAUUGCGUUUUAUGGUGGUGAAAGAAGGGAAGAGUUUCACAUUCAACAGAAGUUUAAGUCUCUUGUUCGGCAUUUGAGGCUUGUCCUUCAUGACCAUUGGUGGUUCGGCAUGAUUCAAGAUUUUUUGCACAAGUAUCUUGGUGCUACUGUUGCUGUUGUCUUGAUUAUUGAGCCUUUUUUUUCUGGACACUUGAGACCAGAUGCAUCCACAUUAGGAAGGGCAGAAAUGUUGAGUAAUCUGAGAUAUCACACUAGUGUAAUAAUAUCUUUAUUCCAGGCUCUGGGAACGCUUGCAAUUAGCUCAAGACGACUUAAUCGUCUAAGUGGCUACGCAGACCGUAUUCAUGAGCUCAUUGUUGUUUCACGAGAACUUGCUGCCCAUGAUGCAUCUAUAUUGCAAAGAGACGGGGAUAGGAAUUAUGUCAGCGAAGCACACUACAUUGAAUUCGAUGGUGUUAAGGUCGUUACACCCACUGGAAAUGUAUUAGUGGAGGACUUGAGCUUACGAGUUGAAACAGGUUCUAACCUUUUAAUAACAGGUCCAAAUGGUAGCGGCAAAAGCUCACUUUUCCGAGUUUUGGGAGGCCUCUGGCCUCUUGUUUCUGGCCAUAUUGCGAAACCUGGAAUUGGUUCAGACCUUAACAAGGAGAUAUUUUAUGUACCUCAACGCCCAUACACAGCUAUUGGAACUCUACGUGAUCAGAUAAUAUAUCCUCUUACUUCCGACCACGAGGUCGAGCCUCUUACACUUAGUGGAAUGGUUGAACUGUUACAAAAUGUUGAUCUUGAGUAUCUAUUGGAUCGUUACCCACCUGAAAAAGAGGUAAAUUGGGGUGAUGAGUUAUCUCUAGGUGAGCAACAGAGGUUGGGGAUGGCCAGGCUUUUCUACCAUAAACCUAAAUUUGCAAUUCUCGAUGAGUGUACCAGUGCUGUGACAACGGAUAUGGAAGAACGCUUUUGUUCCAAAGUAAGAGCGAUGGGGACGUCUUGUAUAACUAUAUCUCAUCGUCCUGCUUUGGUUGCAUUUCAUGAUCUGGUUUUGUCCUUGGAUGGUGAAGGAGGCUGGACUGUACAUCAGAAGAGGGCAGAUUCCCCCACUCUUACUGAGCAUGAGUUCAAUAGUAAGAAGCAUUCUGAGUUCAGUAAAAAGAAGCUUUCUGAUGCUGAGCGCCAAAGUGAUGCAAUGACUGUUCAACUUGCAUUUGCAAACACAAAGAAGGAUAUGGCAUUUUCAAGUACACAAGCUGUAUCAGUUUUUUCAAAGUUGUUAGCUGAAUCUCCUUCAGAAGAUGACAGUUCCAUGGUUCCUGUCUUUCCUCAGCUUAAAAGCGCGCCCUCGAGGGUGUUGCCUGCGAGAGUUGCUGCCAUGUGUAAAAUACUGGUCCCAACUAUGUUGGAUAAGCAGGGUGUACAGCUCCUAGCAGUUGCCUUGCUUGUGCUGUCUAGAACGUGGAUUUCUGACCGCAUCGCCUCUUUAAAUGGUACAACUGUGAAGUUUGUACUGGAGCAAGAUAAGGUAGCAUUUAUUCGACUAAUUGGCAUUAGCGUCCUUCAAAGCGCAGCCUCUUCUUUUGUUGCACCAUCUUUGAGACACCUUACAUCUACGCUGGCUCUUGGAUGGAGGAUUCGUCUGACCAAACACUUACUGAAGAACUAUUUAAGAAAUAAUGCAUAUUACAAGGUAUUUCACAUGUCUCGAGUCAACAUGGAUGCAGAUCAGAGAUUGACUCAAGAUCUUGACAAGCUAACCACUGACUUGUCUAGCCUUGUUACUGGAAUGGUUAAGCCAACCGUUGACAUCUUAUGGUUCACAUGGAGAAUGAAGCUUUUGACUGGCCAGCGAGGAGUUACUAUAUUAUAUGCUUAUAUGUUACUUGGUUUAGGUUUUCUGAGGUGUGUAACUCCAGCAUUCGGUGACCUAGCAAGUCGUGAACAGCAGCUAGAGGGAACAUUUAGGUUUAUGCAUGAGAGGUUACGUACACACGCUGAAUCUGUUGCUUUCUUUGGAGGUGGUGCUCGAGAAAAGGAGAUGGUUGAUUCAAGGUUUGAGGAACUUCUUAAUCAUUCUGCAUUGCUUCUAAAGAAGAAAUGGCUUUUCGGCAUAAUAGAUGAGUUUAUCACAAAGCAACUACCUCACAAUGUUACAUGGGGUUUGAGUCUCUUGUAUGCUGUCGAGCACAAGGGUGAUCGUGCUUUGACUUCAACUCAAGGUGAGUUGGCUCAUGCACUACGGUUCUUAGCUUCUGUCGUGUCUCAAAGCUUUUUAGCUUUUGGUGACAUUCUUGAGCUGCAUAGAAAAUUUGUUGAACUUUCCGGUGGUAUCAACAGAACCUUUGAGUUGGAAGAGCUUCUAGAUGCUGCUAAAAAUGAUCAAGCGUCCGAGAUUCCUCUGUCAUCCUUCUCGGAAAAUAUUAUUUCUUUCUCCGGAAUGGAUAUCAUUACACCAUCACAAAAACUCUUGGCAAGGAAAUUAGUAUGUGAUAUUAUGCCGGGAAGGAGCCUUCUCGUCACUGGCCCUAAUGGGAGUGGAAAGAGUUCAAUCUUCAGAGUCCUUCGUGGUUUAUGGCCGGUGGUCAGUGGAACCCUCGUUAGACCAGGUCAACAGCAUAAGUCUGGAUUUGGUUGUGGUGUAUUUUAUGUCCCUCAGAGACCAUACACGUGCUUAGGAACCCUGAGGGAUCAAAUUAUAUAUCCUCUGUCACUCGAAGAAGCAAAGAGAAGAGCAUUGUCCUUGCUGAUGACAGAAGAUCAAAAGUCAAUCACUGGAUCCCAUGACAUUCUUGAUUUUCAUUUAAAGACUAUCCUAGAGAGUGUUAAACUAAUCUAUCUUUUGGAAAGAGAAGGGGGCUGGGAUACAAGCCAAAAUUGGGAGGACAUUUUAUCCCUUGGAGAACAACAAAGAUUGGGAAUGGCACGUUUAUUCUUUCAUAAGCCGCAAUUUGGAAUACUCGAUGAAUGCACCAAUGCCACGAGCGUGGAUGUCGAGGAGCACCUUUAUAGACUUGCCAAGGACAGUGGCAUCACAGUUGUUACAUCUUCACAGCGGCCUGCUUUGAUACCCUUCCAUUCAUUGGAGUUGCGAUUGAUUGAUGGAGAGGGCAAGUGGGAACUCCGUUCGAUCCAUCCAUAAAUGGUUAUCUAUGCUUUCAGUAAAAACAAGAACACGUAUGCAGUUUCGGAUGGAUCCAUCUCAACGAAGAGUACCUCUUACAUAUAUCUUGGUGAAUAGGUGUCAACUUUCUAAAAUAAUAAGCCAAGGCAAUAAGAUUUGUUUUACUCAAAGAUAGACAGUGGGUGGGGCGGUGAAGCAUAGAUCAUUUUAUUUAUUGUAACAUAGCAAAGUCGUGUAUAGUUGCAGUAUUUAAUCAUGGCCUACAAGUUUUACGCCAUCCUUUUUGAUGUAAAGGGAUUAUUGUAUUUGCUGUCAGCCUUGAACAGUAUAAUUGUUACAGAAAUUAGCAGCAGCUGAAUCAAACUCAGUUUGAUAAGCCGAUUGUCUAUAAUGUUCUGUUAAUAUAUGACAAUUAGCUAUGGGCAUGUUUGGUGCAUAAGGAUGUAAUAAUGUGUCAAGUAUUUUCUGGUUUAAAAACAUUACUGUGACACUUCAAAGUGUGAAAUAAUGAAAGAUAUUACUUGACA